AUGAUUGCCGCUUCUAGGAUGUCGGCCACCGUGCGGGUGGCCGCUUUGCGAUCUCAAGCGUCGGCUUUAAGGACAACAAGCGGAAGCAUAGUUGCAUUACAACGAUCAUCGCUUCAGUCUCCCUCUUUCAAAACUUCUCUCGCGAGCGAGCUUGCCAGCGCUCCCGUUUCCCGCCUUCUUUCACCAUACGCCACUCUCAAUCUCACCAGAUCCUUCCAUGCCGGUACACCUCGGUUACAGCAAAAGCAAGAACAGAAACAGGAGCAGCAGAAUGAGAAGAAGUCCGAUGAAUCAAACGAAGAAAAGAAGGAUGAUUCCAAGGAAUCCAAAGAGGAGGGCAAGUCAGAGGAGAAGGAGGACGCGCCUCCCCCUCCUCCUCAUGGAGACAAGUCUCCGUGGCAAGUUUUCCGGGAUACUCUUCAACAAGAGUUCAAGGCGUCGAAAGAGUGGAACGAGUCUACAAAGGCUCUUGCCUCUUCGGCCCAUCAGUUCAGCGAGAACGAGAACAUUAAGCGUGCACGUGCGGCCUAUGAAGCUGCUUCCGGAGCCGCCACAACGCGAACCUCGUCCGCCAUCAAGACGACCGGCCGAGCCCUUGGAAAGAGCGCCGUGUGGACAUGGAAUACACCAGUUGUCAAGGGUAUCAGAAAGGGUGCCAACGUGACUGCCUCUGGGCUCGAGAAGGCAACACGCCCUGUGCGAGAAACCGAGGUAUACAAGUCCGCCGUUGGGGGCGUAAAGCAAGCUAUCGAUGACGGCAGCAGCUCUCGCUAUGGAGGCUGGAUUGAGAAGGAAGAGCGUCGGCGUCAGCGGCAAUUACGUGAGGAGGCCGAGGCCAAGUCUGGCCGCAAGACCGAGCCGAUGGUUGAAGAUCCAAAUGCCGGAACAAACGUAACACUACACAAGGAUUCAGCCUGGAAGGAAUCAUGGCGCGACUUCAAGGACUCGAAUCCCAUGAUGCAGAAACUCUUCGCUUUCAAGGAGACGUAUAAUGAGUCAGAAAACCCUCUGAUCAGCACUGCGCGCAGCAUCUCCGACCGAGUCGCAGGAUUCUUCGCCGAGAAUGAAACAGCCAUGGUAGUCAAGAAAUUCCGGGAAAUGGACCCCAACUUCCAGAUGGAGGCAUUCCUGCGGGAGAUGCGUGAAUACAUCCUCCCUGAGGUGCUAGAUGCCUACGUCAAGGGAGAUGUUGAAACCCUCAAGCUCUGGCUUUCGGAUGCCCAGUUCCAUGUCUAUGCCGCCCUUGCUCAACAAUACACCACAGCCGGUCUGAAGUCGGAUGGUCGUAUUCUCGAUAUCCGUGGCGUCGAUGUCUCACACGCUCGUAUGCUGGAUCCUGGUGAGAUCCCCGUGUUCGUGGUUACAUGCCGCACACAAGAAGUCCACGUCUACCGAAACACAAAGACCGGCGAGCUCGCCGCUGGAAUGGAAGACAAGGUCCAACUUGUUACAUACGCCAUCGGCCUCACAAGAAUCCCCGAGGAUGUGAACAACCCCGAGACGAGAGGCUGGCGGUUGAUCGAGCUGCAAAAGGCCGCUCGUGAUUACAUUUAA